GGUCUGGGAUUCCUUUAUGAGGUGCAACCAAAAUAGCUGUUAGACAAAGCAACAGGGAUAUUCUGGCAAGGUGUCUGUCUAGCAUUAGUUCUGAAUACUGUUGUGGUUUUGAUCACUAAGAUGGCUGUGACUUUUGGACUCUCUUUGAGUGUUUCUUGGAUUUGCUGCCUGCUAAUUGGAGGGAUAACGUGUUUUACACUUAAAGGUAACGCUUAUGGGCAUCCUGCCUCAACUGGACCUGAACCAACAGGAUCCCAUGCCCAAGCGAGUGUGGUGUCUGUUCCAAAUGCUAAAGCUACUGGCCACAAUAGCCCAGUAAAUGUGACGUCGGGUCGAAAUGCCACAUCUGAAGCAACUGACAUCCGCGCCUCAGCAGAAGCCACCGGCCCCCUCGCCUCAGCAGAAGCGACCGGCCCCCGCGCCUCAGCAGAAGCGACCGGCCCCCGCGCCUCAGCAGAAGCGACCGGCCCCCGCGCCUCAGCAGAAGCGACCGGCCCCCGCGCCUCAGCAGAAGCGACCGGCCCCCGCGCCUCAGCAGAAGCGACCGGCGCCUCAGCAGAAGCGACCGGCGCCUCAGCAGAAGCGACCGGCGCCUCAGCAGAAGCGACCGGCGCCUCAGCAGAAGCGACCGGCGCCUCAGCAGAAGCGACCGGCGCCUCAGCAGAAGCGACCGGCGCCUCAGCAGAAGCGACCGGCGCCUCAGCAGAAGCGACCGGCGCCUCAGCAGAAGCGACCGGCGCCCGCGCCUCAGCAGAAGCGACAGGCCUUGAACAGACGGCCCGACCCCUCAACAAGCUAGAUAGGGCGAUCAUAAUUUGGUUUGCCCAACUCCUUAAUCGUCUUUCCCCUGUUACUGUGCCUCCUUUUGAAGAAAAGGGCAAAGCUAACUGA